UGGGUACCAGAAAUGCUGUGCUCUCUCUGCUCCCUCCACGGUGCUGCUGCUUCUAAAAGCUGUACAGUAGCAUCUUUCACUCAGGCCUUUUUUUGGAACUCACAUCCGAAGCGAAGCCGACUCGAUCCGUCUCUGAUAGUCUCUCCGCUGAUUUCCUACUGCCGCCCUCUUUUCUUCACCAUUUUUCUCAGAACUUAGAAAGUAUGCAAAAUCUCUCCUCAGAAUCUUCUCUCUCUACACCGUCCUCCGACCAGCCCGGCUCACCUCGUGCAAUGCCCGAGUUCAGACCCGGUCAGCGAGUCCACUCCGCCGGCGAUCCUCGGAGAAGAGGGACUGUGCAGUACGUGGGACCCGUGGAAGGCCAUUCAGGCACCUGGGUGGGUGUCGAUUGGGACAAUGGAGAAGCCAAGCACGAUGGGUCAGUCAAUGGGGUCCGAUACUUCCAGGCUAAAUCAGAGAAAUCUGGGUCGUUCGUCCGGCCACAGAAUUUGACGGCUGGGAUUUCUUUGCUGGACGCUCUCGUGCUCAGAUACAGGGUAGAGUCGACAAAAGAAGAGGAAGAUGAAAUGUAUGUCCUUUCAGCGAGCAACAAACGAGUGUCUGUUGAACUUGUUGGGAAAGAUAAAAUUCAAGACAGGCUUAGUCGCUUUGAAGAGUUAAGAGGUGCAUCAUUGUCUUAUUUAGGUGUUAGCUCUUCUAGCGCUCCAUGUCAGAUCUGUAACAUUGUCCCAAAUCUAAAGGAGCUCGAUUUAACUGGAAAUUUGCUUUCAGAAUGGAAAGAUAUCGGCACCAUUUGUGAAGAGUUACCAGAACUUUCAGUUCUCAAUCUAUCUAACAAUGCAAUGGCACGUGAUAUAACUGGGCUCCCGCCAUUGAAGAAUAUCCACAUUUUAGUUCUAAACAAUAUGGGCAUAAAUUGGAUGCGGGUUGAAAUCCUUAAGCUGUCGUUGCCACUUAUUGAAGAGCUGCAUCUGAUGGGCAAUAAAAUUAGUACAAUUACACCUACAUCAUGCGGGAUCAUUCAAGGAUUUGAUUUUCUGAGGCUUUUAAAUUUGGAAGAUAAUUGUAUAGCUGAAUGGGAUGAAAUCUUGAAACUUUCUCAGUUACCAAGCUUGGAGCAGCUUCAUUUGAACAAGAACAAUUUGAACUGUGUCCAUUAUCCUGAUAAUGGCAUGUUACAUAAAUACCUUAAAGGAUGUGAUUCUUCCGAGAAUUGCAGCAGGUCUUUCCAGAGUCUUCGUUGUCUUCUUCUUGGAGGUAACAAGAUUGAGGAUCUGGCCUCUAUUGACUCACUAAAUUCUUUCCCAAAGUUAGUGGAUGUUAGGCUUUCUGAGAAUCCAGUUGCUGAUCCAGGAAAAGGAGGAAUUCCAAGAUUUGUUUUGAUAGCACGACUAGAAAAAGUUGAAAUAUUAAAUGGGAGUGAGGUAAGCUCUCGUGAGCGGAGAGACUCUGAGAUUCGGUAUGUCCGCUUGGUUAUGUCAAGCUCGCAUGACAAUCUAGAAAUUGAGCAGCUCCAUCCCAGGUUUUCUGAGCUUAGAAAAAUUCAUGCAAUUGAGGAUGAAAUACCGACAAUUGGAGCAGCAGGGCCUCAGAAAAUGGCUUCUGGACUUAUAUCUAUUAAUCUGAAAUGUGUUGGGGCAUCAAUUGGCGAAAGGCCAGUUUUGACAAAGAAAUUGCCAGCCUCCACAACAGUUGGCAAGCUAAAGAUUCUUUGUGAGAGCUUUCUCAAGCUAAGGUCUGUCAAGCCAAAACUGUUUUUCCAAGAAGAGGGUUCCCCCUUGCCAAUUUCUCUAGAUGAGGAAAUGGCUUCAUUGAUGGACCUUGGAGUAGGCAAUGGAUCAACCAUUCUCAUUGAUGAGGAGAAUUGACGAACUAAAUCAUCUGUCGAAGACUAUGUUUUGAAUAAAGGGAUUUUUGAUUGAUUGAUUGAUAAUCGACAAUCCUGGUGGUCGUGUGUGAGAUGCUUUAUUUUGAGCAGAGGGUAUUAUAAAUUUAUUAAUAUGGAAUAGCACUUGUUUGCAGAUUUCCUCUCUUCUUUCACACAUAUAUGAUUGUGUAAUUGGCUGAUGAUCAACAUUGUGCAUUGUCCCGUCUGGCCUUUCCCUCUAUUCAUACUUGUGCAAUUUUGGAUGUUAACUAUCGUGAUUGGUUUUUGUUUCUGUGAACAAAUAUUGAAAUUUGGACUUUGUAGAGGCA